GGACAAUUUCGACGACCUCCUUUCCUCGCGACGAGAGCUUGAGAGCAAUCCUUUCGAGGAUCCGUUUGCCAAACCACGCUCCAACUCGCCCGAUCCUUGGUCUAGCUUCUCCACCCCCAGUGCUUUCUCACAACCAGGACCUAGCGGUGAUGACGACAUUUACAAGAACGCGUUCGAAGACGAACGCAGCGCAACCCCCACUAACAACUACUACACGCACACUCAGGACACGCACACUCAGGAGCGGGAGGCAGCAGAACAUAACCAUGAUCCAGAACCAGAACCGCCCAGCCCUGUGGAUCCCCUAGACGCUGCAGCCGUCACCGCGGACGAGCCAGAGGACGAGCCCCGUGAACUAACACAGACGCGUCUCGGAUUCACCAUGCAUUCUGGUAGCGAUAGCGAGGAAGAUCCAGGUGAAGAGGAAGCGAAGCCUGAGCUCGCACCGGAGCCCAAGUCAGAAUCACCUUCGUCUCCUGCAGAGACCGCAGUGACACCUACUUCCUCACCCCGCCCCGAAACACCCAAGCCCACUGUUCCCGAGACUUCCGGAGCUGUACUGCCAUCAACUCCUUCUACGGCCUCUUCUCGGCAACAGAGCGUCGAGCGUGCCGUUGUCUCCCCCUUGGAUUCACGUCCUGCCAUCCACAACUCGUUUGCUAGCCUGGCCAUCGGUGGCGAAUCUCACGGAGGAUGGGACAGCGGUUGGGGCAGUCACUCUUCCCCAGUCGCUCCAACAGCAGCCGGGUCCAACAGCUACACAGACGAUGACGAUGACGACGACGACAAACCCAUCGGUCAGAACCCCAAGUUCAGGAACAGUCUCUUGAACUCGGCCCCCCACUCCCCCGCCCCACAGUCCCCCGCCAGCGCCUCGCACUCCCGUAACACCAGCGCUAAUAUUAAUGUAAUUGCUCCUGCACCCUUCACUUUCUCGAUUUCGGUCGAGGACCCACAAAAGGUCGGAGACCCGAUCCGUUCUUUCACAUUGUACACCGUUACCACUCAGACAAACUCUACCAUGUACGAAAAAACAUUCUUCUCUGUCCUCCGACGAUAUUCCGAUUUCUUAUGGCUGUACGAAACGCUCUCGAUGAACAACCCCGGAGUUGUAGUCCCGCCUGUACCGGGUAAGACCGCGUUUGGUCGCUUCGACGAGCACUUUGUACAGCAGCGUCGGCUUGCGCUCGAGAAAUGUAUCCAGAAGAUGGCGAGUCACCCCGUGCUUCAGAAGGACCGGGACCUCAAGUUCUUCUUGGAGAGCGAUAACUUUGCAUUGGAUGUAAAACAUCGAAGAGCUGAAAUAUCGCAAGAACGCGGAGGGCUCAUCGCCUCUAUUGGCGCAACACUCACUGGACCACGCUUCCACGAGACCGAUGAGUGGUUUGACAGGCAGAAAGCGUACUUGGAUGGCCUUGAGAUACAACUAAAAGCCCUCGUCAAAGCCAUUGAAACUGUUGCGAAACACCGUGUUGAUAUGGCUAGUGCGACAGGUGAAUUUGCGACUACGAUUCACGACCUUUCACAGUCGGAAGUCGGCAGGCAGCUACAAAGUUCACUCGCUGGAAUGCACGAGGUUCAGUGCAAAUCUGAAGAAAUACAGAAACUACAGUCACAAGCGGACAUUGUGACGCUUAUGAGCACAGCAGACGAGUACUCGCGACUCAUUAACUCUGUUCGGCUAGCCUUCAAUUCUCGCAUACGGACGUAUGUCAGCUGGCAGAAUGCCGAUGCGGACGCACGACGCGUCAGGCAGGCCCACGAGCGGUCCAAGGUCCAGGGCCGCUCGACAUUCACCGUCAAUCAGAUUGCUGAGGCAGAGCGUCGCGCAUUAGACGCGAAGCACGAGUACGAUCAGUGUUCACGGUUAAUUAAAAUCGAGGUCGCUCGAUUUGAGACGGAACGCGUCGAGGACUUCAAGAACUGUUUACAGACGUUCUUAGACGGCAUGAUUGCACGCCAGAAAGAGUUGAUUGCUUCUUGGGAGAAUUACCAACAGCAGCUCUUAGCGAGGGUGCAUGCGAACAGCACGAACGGGAAUGGCACGACGGCGAUCACAUUACCGUAGGUUUAUCUUGACGAAGUAGUUGUAUUUGGUUGUGUAGCUCGGACUUUCGGGGAUGUAAUCAACAUUACUAGCUGGAUAGAUCUGACACCUUGGAACUCGUUCGCUCAAAGAAAUUGCUCCUUGUUCCCAAAUAUCGAAACC